GUUGAAAAAAAAAGAAGAAAAAAAAAACGUUGCUUAUCGAUUACGCACGUAACACAUUCUUUGUGCUAUUACCGUGAAAAGUUACUAAUAAAUGUGCUAACAAUAUUGCUGCUAAAGGAUAAUAAGAAGCAUGAUGCUGAUGUAGUUGGACACGCACAAAGGGAACAAGUGAAAACAAAAGCGCUGCUUGACAGGAAGCGACAGCAGAGACCGGAAGGAAGGCAGGCAGUCGGGCGUAUAAUCUGAACUAGUAAAUUAAAAAACAUACAGACAUAAUAUGAAUCCCUAUAAUACGACGGGCGGUGCGGGUGGUGGUGAUGGUGCCGCAAAUCCCUUUGGUGCGCCCACAAUGAGUGCUGGUUACAGUCAACAACAGCAGCAGGGUUAUGGCUACGAGGAGCAGUCAACGUCUGGCUAUGAUCAGGGCGGAGGAGCCGGCUAUGGUCAGCAGCAGCAAGCGGCUGGUUAUGGACCACCAGGCGCACGACCACGUGUUGAUGUCGAAGCCACUGGCGAAGUGGAUCCGAAUUUAUAUCCGGAAGCAAAGGAUUCCACUCACAAGGUUCGCGGCACCUCGGGAGUCCUCGAGAUGUUCUUUGGCGCCACAGAGCAGGAGUUAAUUCCGGUGAAGAGCUUCUACUUCUUCUUCUAUGCGGCUUUUGGUUCGCUGUUUCCGCUGAUGGGCGUCUACUUCAAGCAGAUGGGCAUGAAUCCAGGCCAGUGUGGCAUACUCGUCGGUAUGCGCCCGUUUGUGGAGUUCCUCUCCGCACCGUUCUGGGGCUCCUAUGCGGAUCGCUGUCGCCAGGGCAAGAAGCUAUUGCUGGCAUCGCUCGCUUGCUGGGUUCUGUUCACCAUCCCAUUGAGCUUCAUCCGACCGGAGGCCAUCAAUUGCAUCGAGCGUCGCAAUGCCACCGAUUUUGUGCUCACCUAUACGCGCACCAAGCGAGACACCUCUGCCAUGUAUGAGCCAAUUUCGCAGCUGGAUCAGGAUCCAGAUAGCAGCAUGCUCGACGAUGAGGUACAGUCGGAGGAGGGGCACAGCAGACGCAAGAGAUCACUGUUGCUGCCACGCAUUGAUGCGGGCAUCUCUCCGGUGCACAUCAACUUUGUGAGCAACUAUGACAACAAGCAUCAUCGGGAUUAUGUGACGCCCAUCUUUAGCUCAAUGGUCUAUCGCACUCCAGACAUUCAGAAGGCAUUCUUUCUGCUGCUGCUGGUCAUUUUGAUUGGUGAGUUCUUUAGUGCUCCGGCCAUAACUCUAGCGGAUUCUGCGGUCAUCACACUGCUGGGCGAGGAUGCGGAUAAAUAUGGGCAUCAGCGUAUGUUUGGAUCUUUGGGCUGGGGUAUAUCAAUGUUUCUGGUGGGCAUUGCCCUGGAUCACUCCACAUCGUUCUCAAAUCAUCCGUGCGGCGCUGGCAACAAGGAGAAGAACUAUAACAUAUGCUUCUCGAUAUUCUCUGUGCUGAUGACAUGCGCCAUAAUCUCAGCGGCGAAGAUUACUUUCAAGUAUGAGCCUGUCGAUGAGAGCCAGCAGCAGAUGCAGGCUCAGUUUGUGGAUCCCAACAAGAAAGCCGAGGAGGAUUCGAUGAAUCAGCUGGCCGCCCAGCUCAAUUUACCAUCACUGGCAGUGGGUAGUGGCAGCGCCGCUUCGGGUGCCUGCGCCGGUGGCGUCAGUAGCUUCAUUGCUGGCGGCCAUCAGGCGCAGCCGCACAUUGGCGCCGAGUCUAAGGUGUUUGCGCAGACGGCCAAGGAGAUGCCGGAGUGGAUGACGGUGCUCACACAUUUCAAGGAUUUGAAGACUGCCUCGUUUCUGUUUGUCGCCUGGUUCAUGGGCUUCGGCAUUGGCCUGAUCUUUACCUUCCUGUUCUGGCAUUUGCAAGAUUAUGGCGGCACGCCCACUCUUUUUGGUGUCGCCUCCGUGAUUAAUCAUGUGUCCGAAAUCUUUGCGUACUUCUUUAGCUUCCGUUUGAUCACCCAGAUUGGACAUGUUAAGGUCCUGUGCCUGGGCCUCAUUGGCAACGUGUUGCGUUUUCUGUACAUCUCGUAUUUGACCAAUCCGUGGAUGGUGUUGCCCUUCGAGCUGAUGCAGGGCAUCACUCAUGCCGCCGUCUGGGCCGCCUCGUGCUCCUACAUUGCACACAAUACGCCCAAGCAUCUGCGCUCAUCGGGCCAGGGCGUGCUACAGGGCAUCCAUCAUGGCUUGGGUCGUGGCUGCGGCGCCAUCAUUGGUGGUAUGUUUGUCACCUACUACGGUACUACUGCUACCUUCCGUUGGUAUGGUAUCGCCUGCCUCUUCGUGCUCGGCCUGUUUAUCUUCAUCAAUUUCUAUCGCAAGGAACAGGGCUUCAUCUCCGAUAUACCAGUCACCGAAGAUCCGCAUCAGGUGGCCGAGGAAACUUCACAUUUGGCACCACAUGGUGUGCCCAGCAAUCCGAUACCACGAGCACUGUCCAACACACGUUUGAAUGAGAUGAAUCCGAAUGGAGGACCUUAUGGCACCUAUCAGACAACUGGUGGCAAUCUGGACAUACCCGGUGCCAGUGCGCAUAAUCCGUUUGCACAGUAAACACAUCCAUCUAAUGACUUCCCCGAGAAUAAAAAACCAAUCCUCGCAUUCAAAACACCAACAUAGAGAUACAUAAUGAAACACAGAUACAAAUACAAAUACAGAUACAGAUACAGAUACAGAUACAUAGAUACUAACAUUCUCACAUAGUCAUGGAAUGAACAAUAUAUAAGUAUAUAACCGAAAACAUAUCUUGGACAUGGGCCUGCAAUAUUAAUUGCCUGAAUACAUUGCUUUAUUAUGGUUUUUUGGUGCUUAUACGAGUACAUAACAUAACGAGCCAUAUAACAUAAAAUAACGUAACAACCAAAAAAAAAGAUGAA